UCUGUCAUGGCGUCGAUGACUUUUGGAUGAAAAAUGUGAAUCUGACAUUUUCUCCCGAUUUUCAUCAUAUGUAAUGGAAAGGGACGGUGAUCAAGAAGAGCAAGCAUCAUGCUCUAAGUCCCCCUCCUUGUCCGAGUCGCUAGAUUCACAGGAGAGUGACAAAGACGCUAGUACAGACCAGUCUGAAGAUGAAAUGGAUAUUACUUCAGCAAGGCAGACGCAUAUGAAACUGAAAGGGGAUGCUUUUUGCGAAUGUUACAAGAAAGGUUUAGAAAAAUCUUGCAAGUGUGGAGAAGAUGACACGUAUUUUGAAUGGAUUUGGGAUGAUGAAACCAAGUCUGCAGCCAGUUAUGUUAAGGAUGAUAUGAGGGAGGUGAUGUUCCAUAUCGACUAUAGCUGUGGCACAGCAGCUGUACGUGGCACACUGCCACUCAAGAAUGAGCAGUACUACUGGGAGAUUAAAAUGACGACACCAGUGUAUGGCACCGAUAUGAUGGUUGGUGUUUGUACAGCCCACAUUGAUCUGAACAAGUGUCGCCACAUGUUCUGUAGUAUGAUUGGCCAGGAUUCAGAGUCAUGGGGACUGUCCUACACGGGCAUGAGGCAGCAUCGAAGUAUCAAGGAACAGUAUUCAUCAAAGUUUGGACAGGGUUCCAUUAUUGGAAUUCACCUGGACAUGUGGCAUGGAACACUCUCAUUUUACAAAAACAGGAGACCGCUAGGUGUGGCAUACACUGGUCUCCAUGGUAAAAUUCUUUACCCAAUGGUAUCAUCAACAGCUGCACGCAGUGGCAUGAAGGUCAUUCGUAGUUGUUCUUUUCCAACUUCCCUCCAGUUUAUGUGCUGCCAAGUUCUUCGCAAGGUCAUUCCGAAUCACUUAGAUGUAUUAAAAGUGAUCAACCUGCCACCUGGUUUUAAAAACUUUUUAGAAAACAAUGUGAGCUGGCUUCUCCAGCCAUGCCCACCACAAAUGCCACCACGAGACAAAGGACAAAAACGUAAACCCAAAAAGAGGACAAAUGAUGGACCUGAUGAUAUGGCGGGACCAAGCAAUUGUAAACAAAUGUUACUUAAGUGAGAAAGUGCUAGUUCUCUGAUACAUUUCUUGACCAGCAAAGGGAGACAAUCUUGCUGUGUCUGCUUUCAUUGAGCAUUUCAUUUUAAGUGAGCAUAUUACUGAAGUUGUGUUUAAAAUUUGAUUUUAAACUAACUGUUGAUUUUAUGUGUGCAGGUAUGGUGCUUAGCAUUUCAAAUUAUGUUUAAAAACAGAUUUCAUUUGUUCUAGGCUGGUAGAUUUACAAAUGACACCAUAUUCUUGCUCUGGUAUUUAAAUUCUAACCUCAUUUUAAUCAAGUCAAACUUCCUCUCUUAGGAUUCAAAGUGGAUACAAAUUAUAUGGAUUUUCUGUUUUUCCAUGUCCUUUAGGUUACAAAACUGUAAACUUAAAAGGGUGAAGCCCCUUCACAAAUAUUUAUAAUUUUAGCAGCAAAACCUUCUGAAUUUAUUACUUCUCUGAUGACCCUAAAGCUGAGUUAACAUAAUGAUUCUAAAACUGAGUUAAUGUAAUGAAUCAAAAUCUGAGUUAAUGUAAUGAUCCUUAAACUGAGUUAAUAUAAUGAUCCCUAAACUGAGUUAAUGUAAUGAUCCUAAAACUGAGUUAAUGUAAUGACCCUAACACUGAGUUAACGUAAUGACCCUAAAAUUGAGUAAAUGUACUGAUCCUUAAACUGAGUUAAUGUACUGAUUCUAAAACUGAGUUAAUGUACUGAUUCUAAAACUGAGUUAAUGUAAUGACCCUAAAAUUGAGUUAAUGUAAUUUAUGUAUAAUGAUCCUUAAACUGAGUUAAUGUAAAGGAGAAUAUAUAUGGGCAUGGGUUUGAAUGGAGAAGUAAGAUAUUUUGAUAAAAACAGUGGAAAUCAUAUCAGUUAUGAAAUAUUGCCAAUUAUAAAGUCCGUUAUUCAUUUUAAGAUAUGUUUUUAGAUUUGUUACAUAGUACAUGUACACUGAUUUGAAAUAAUUACACACUGUAACUUUUAUACAUGAAAUGUAUAUUCUAUGUAAACUCUGGUAAAGAAACAAUCUAAUUAAUAUCUAGAUGGUCAUUCUCACUACGCUACAUGAACAUCUAACAACAUCUCAUAAAGGGUCACGUCUGGGUGACCUUUUGGAUCAGCCAAUCAAAUAACUACUUCCAGAAUCUUGGGAGUGAAUUUUAUAUGUCCGAAUUAGCAUGACUAGAGUGCAUAGCUUGUAUAAU